AUGAAAUUAUCUCCUAUAUGUUAAACUCUCAUCCACUCUAAAUCUAACCCAUUAUCUCCUAUUGUACAAAACAUUAAAAAGAACAGUCUACUUAACAAUGAAAAUGAAAAAAAAGACCUCAAGUAAAUUACUUUGUUAAUGUUUUUAGCUAUCAGUUAGAACUAAGAAUCAAUUAAUUAGUUGAGGAGAACAAAAAGGUUAAUCUCUAAUUGAACGAUAAAAUUAAAGAAAAUGAAUUGUUAAGAUCCUAAAUCAUGGAAUAAGAAAUUGAAAUCAAUAAAUUAAAAGGUAUAGAACAUGAACUUAUAUUGGUUAAAGAAAUAUCUGAUAUUCGAUUUUAAGAUGUAAUAUAUCAUCAAUAAAUUAGUAUGAUAUAUCCAAAUAAUAAGCAGAACAAUUAAAUCAAGAAUUAACAGCCUUAUAAUAGGUAUUCUAAGAUUCUUCAACAAAGCUCAAAUUAUAAACAGAAGAAAUAUAAUAAUGGAAAAUUAGAUAUGCUGAAUUAGAUUCUGCAAGGCAAUAAUAAUUAAAAGGUAGAAAUAUUUAAUCAACUUCUAGAGCUGAAAUAAUAACUUCAUAAAUAAUAGGAUGAAGAUGAGCAAUAAUCAAAUUUUCUAUAAACUAUUACAGAAAUGGAAAGAACUAUCUAUUCUUUAUAAGAUUAAUUAAAAUAGAAGGAAGAGUCUUUAAAAUUAGCUAAUGAAGAUAUUAAUUCAUGGAAGAUUAAAUAUUCAAAGGCUUAAGUCUAAUCAAAAUAAGUUGCUAACGACAAGGAAAAGGAUUAAAAAAUUUAGAUGUUAAUAGAUGAAAUUGAACGAUUAAAUGAUUUAUUAGGUUAAAGAAAUGAUGAAAUUUAUACACUCAAAAGAUUGGCUGAAAAAACUGCUUAGCUAAUUUCCAUUAGUUAAAGAGCUUAAAGAUCAGCUAGUGGUCAAAAAUAUAAAUGA